UUACUUCAAAGGAGAGAUUCAGCUCUGCCAAUCCUCAAAAGUUAAAUAGUCGGAGUUUUUAAGAAGUGAAAUGUGCUGAUAAUGUGAAUUUUAUUUCUAACAAAAAAAAACUUGUGAGUGAGUGAAGAAGCUGUAGUAUGCAUUUAGCUAUGUUUAAGGUUAGUGAAAGCAAACAGAAUUUUAAAGAGGAUGGCAAAUGUGGGAGUGGCUGAGAAAAAUAUGGUGAACACAUCAGAGCAGAAGAUACAAUACACAAAUGAUUACAGCACUGUAUCAAAAUGUUCCACAGCACAAUAUGGAUAUAUAAAAGAUGGGUACAUUUCAGAAUUAAUGCCAUUCACAAAUCGGCGUUCACCUUUAAUCCAUAUGGGGUACUAUGUGAGAGUUGUUGUAGUUGAUAGUGUAUUAGAAAGAUUCCUCAGAGUGACAUCAGAACGUCCAGCACAGAUAAUAUCUCUGGGGGCAGGAUUUGACUCCACUUUUUUUAGACUAAGUGAUAACUCGCAUGAAGGCAUUGUUUAUUAUGAAGUAGAUUUUCAAGAAGUAGUGGAGAAAAAGGCUGCCAUUUUAGAUGGAUCUGAGUUGCUAACAAAAUUGGUUGGAAAGUUGGCUGUUCAUCCUGAUGUGGGAUUUGGUGGUAAAAAUUACUGGUUAUUAGCCUGUGAUCUGCGCAACCUUAGUGCUCUUGAAGAGAAAAUGGUACAUGCUGAUGUGGAUUUUUCUCUUCCCACCUUAUUCUUGGCUGAAUGUUCAAUAACCUAUAUGGAUGAGCAAAGUUCAUCAGCUCUUAUUCGUUGGGCAGCUACUAAGUUCAGGAAUGCUACAUUUGUAACAUAUGAACAAGUGUACCCAGAUGAUGGUUUUGGCAUUGUCAUGCAGAAACACUUUCUAAACCAGGGUAGUCCUCUUUUAUCAAUGCAACACCAUCCAAAUCUUUGGGCUCAGGAACAUCGUUACCUUAGCAGGGAUUGGUCUACAUGCCAUGUUCGAUCUGUCUGGGAUGUUUACAACCACCUAACAGAUCGCAAUGAACAGAUGCGGGUAUUAAAGAUUGAACCAUUUGAUGAGUUUGAAGAAUGGCAUUUAAAAUGUUGUCACUAUGUUUUAGUAGUUGCAUCAAGAGGGAGUUUGGAAAAUUGGGCUGAGGGUAUGUUUGAAAAUAUUGCUCAUCCUCCUCAUAUACCUGUAUGCAACCCAGUGCGAUGGACAGAGAGUAAAGUACAAAAUACAGAUUAUUCAGAAGGAACAGUAGAAAUAUUUGCUCAUGGGUCAUCGUACGUACCUCUGUGUCGAGACAACAAAAUUGGUGCAAUUCUGCUUGUGGGUGGCUUUGGCAUUUGUGCCUCCGGCCACAAGCGAAUUGACGACAUUUCUGUGAUAAUUGAUCUCCCAAUGAAAGAGUCUGAAAAUGAAGAAAUUAAUUCAGCAAGAUUAGUUCAUUAUGAUAUCGAAGGUCAUGGAGAGGGACGAUCACCAUUGGCGUCAAUGCAUCCCACUUGUACAACAUUGAAACACAAUAAAGCUAAUAUUAUGGCUAGGGUUCUAGUAUUUGGUGGAAGACUCUCUCCAAGCAAAGUUGCCAAUCAGGAGGGUUUCCUUCUCCAUAUGCCAUUAACUCAUCCAGGCAGUAAAGCAUGUGUGACAACAACAAAGUUAUCUCAGCCAGGCACAGUUUGGGAUAGGCCUCGCGCCAGAUGGAGACAUACUGCUGUACAAAUUCCUCCUGGUGGCUCACAACCCUGGGCACGCGUGCUGGUGUAUGGAGGCAGGUCACCAUCUUAUGAGGUUUUUGGAGACUUGUGGAUGCUUACUGUAGCUGCAGAAGUUGGCAGAGUCACUUUCAAAAAACUUGAACCUGCAGGACCUCAUCCUUGUGGACGCUUCGCUCACAGUGCUGCUGCUCUCACAGAACGAAUUGGAAUGGCUGUGUCUGGAGGCAUGAACCAAGAAUUUAAUGUUUUAGGAGACAUAUGGUUGUAUGAUGCGGUGGAAAAACAGUGGAGAAUGCUGCAAUUAAUUGGUCCUGAAAUGCUUCCCAGAUAUAGUCAUACAUCUGUGGUAUAUGAGAACCUCCUAAUAAUGGUAGGAGGUGUGAACACGCUAGCAGGAAGUCAACCUGGAGUGGGAGUUGUUAAUCUAAAAUCAAGGACAUACACAGAAUAUGCCCUUCCUGCUCAAGAUCCAGAGAAGCCUAUUCUUCUCCACAAUCACACAAUGGAACCAUUAACAGAAGAUGGGUCUGUUCAACUUAUAAUAGGAGGAGGUGGUAACUGUUUUUCUUUUGGAACUGCUUACAACCGCUCUCUCUUGAAAUUAGAUCUUGAACAGUUUGUACCGAAAGCAACAGAUAAGGAACUCAGUGUUCAAAGCUAGUCAUUUGAAAAUGUAUCCUCGACACUGCUCAUAUCACUGCUGUGAAGAAUUUGAGAUUUGACAAAUGAAUGCUAUGCAUUAAUUGCCUUAUUAUGUAUUGUGUGAUUUCAGGAAUUGUACAUUAAAAUAAAACUAUUUUAAAAAUAUAUAACUUUUAUUUAUACUUUUUAUAUAAAGACUUUUUUAUAUAUUGAAUUUCACAAAAACAAAAGUGUAAAUAGUACAUUACUCUAUAAGUAACACAAAUUGCCCCUGUAAAUAUCAGUGGAAUGUCAAUUGAGGCUAAUUAAGAACUUCAUUUAAAAUGUGAGUCAUUUUCUAAUAACCAUGCAAAUGUUUGUAUGUGUAACACUUGUAUGGAAAGUGGUGAAAACACCAGCAAUAAAAAUCUUGUAUAAAACUUUUGUUUGUGCAACAUUCUCUCUACUUCAGUAGUUACAUAUAUAUACAUCUUUGGAAAUCCAUGAGGAAAUCACAGUCCGCUAUCAUUUAUAAGGCACUGUCUAAAGGCACAUAAAAUACAUCUGUGAAUUACACACAUUUACAUUUGAUAUUGUCACAUUUCUUAAACUCUUUAUUAUUAUUUUCUGCAUUUCUAAAUGAAACAACAGAUCAGAACAGGAAGCACUUACUUUCAUGAGCAUUUGACACAGCCACUUUUUUUCUUAUAUUUACAUGAUUUAAUGAUUUUAAAUCAGCCUUCAUUUAUAUAAGUUUCAUUUACAAAAAAUGGGAUUAAAAAAUUUUAUGACAAUUUCAUUUUACGAAAAUACAGAUAAAUAGUUGAGAUUUCCAAAUCGUGAGUUGAGAUCAAAAUUAAAAUUGAGUCAACUUCUUAAACAUCAGGUACAUUGCUUUCUUUCAAAAUACAAAUUUUACCAUGGCCUCCACAUGUCCUUGUUUCCAGCUUGAGAAGCAUCAUUCCCACUUGUAGAAGCUCCUUCUGAUGUGGAUGUGGUAGUAGAUGAUUGUGAAGGUUUAUUUGUAAGAUCCUCACCUACAGUAGAAUAAGGGUGCUUUGGGGUUGUCACUUUUAAAAGAGGUCCACCAGUGGAAACAGUAGGUUGUUCUAGACCACGAGGGGAAAUGUGAAUAGCAGGCACUUCUGUUUCAGUUUUGAUAUGAAGAGAAUACCUUGGAAUUUUAUUUGGAGAGGCAAACAUCAGGGAGGAUGAAGAAUCACUAGGUUCAGUUAUACUGAAAUUUGCAGGAAGAGACCUCUUCAUCCCAAGAGUGGAUGUAGUUUGUGUGGAAGCACUCUGUUGAUGAGGAUGCUCAUCCUUCUUGAUGGAGAAGUCCAGAGGAUCCUUGAUAGCUGGUGCAGCACAGAAUGUCACUGAUGGGACCGUGGGGACUACCGCAGACACAGUCCCAGUCGCACUUUUAAAAGUCGCAGAGGGCUGGGUGGUAAUAACAGUAAGAGGCUGGUGCACUGACGUGGGUGCAGCUACAGACAACGUGGUAACAGCAGCGGAAGUCGCAACAGCCGCAGGCGAAGGUGAGGUGGUGAUAAUGGGAAAAACGGCUGUCCCAUGCAUGGGAAUGGUCUUGAACUCCAGCUUGACCUCGGUGACUGUUCCUACUCCCACCGAUGCGGUGGUUUUCGGGGGCGGGGGUGGUGGUGGUGGGAGUGCAAGAGGCUCACCUGCAGGUUGCCUCCGCCAGGUAGCAGCAGCGCGAACUCGCCGCUGGGCAGCCGGCUGGGGAUGAGCUGUAGGCCGGCGGCGGGGGGCGCGGUGGCGUUGGCGGCGCCUCGGUUGUUGUUGACGUCUCCUGCGACGGGGGCGGAGGCCGGUUGCUGCGGGGGCGGCGCUGCCGGGGGCUGCACGGCGGCCGUGAAAGCGAGCGGCGUGAGCUGCUGCAGCCCCGACACGCAGUGCGCGAGGCGCGGUGGUGGCGGAGGCGGCGGCGGCGGUGGCGGCGGUGGCCGUGGGAACCCGGGGUUGGCGUUGCCGCCACUGCCGCGGCGCGCCAGCUGCUCUCCUCGGGGACCC